AUGUAUUUCCUCGUGACAGACAAAACGCUUUACGAAAACGUUGAUGUUGAGAUUCGGGAGUUGCUGGAGGGUGGCGAAUUCUGCAACAACAACCCAGUCGCGGCCAACCAGACACUGGAGAAUUGCCGGAUUUGGUAUGAAGAAGGGGUAUUCCACGCAUGGCUUUACGCCAUCUGUGACAUAGACCCGAUAUACUAUCCCCAAGACGAGGUGGACCAGCAGAUUGCGGUGGAAAUGUACCGGAGGGGUUACCAAACGGCCAGCGGCUGCUUUCAGCGGCGAAGGGCAUCAGAGCGCGCCCUGAUGGCCGUGGACAAUGGCAGGAGCGAGACCCAGACGCCGUUGGAUGCUCCUUUCGUGGCGGUCAAAGACCUCUCGAAAGAUGAGCAUCGACGCGGCCCAGAUAUUGUGAGCUGUCACGACGCGGGUUGCCUUGCACCAUUCUAUCGAGAUUCGGCCCGGUUUGAUGUGCUAGGCACGGAACAUCCAUCCACGCUGGUGAGCAUGAACAACCUCGCGGUAGUGCUGAGAGACCAGGGAAGCGAUGAGGAAGCAGAACAGAUAUAUCGACAAGUGGUGAAAGUGCAGAAGGCGGCGCUGGGCGCGGAGCACCCAUCCACGCUGGUGGGCAUGAACAACCUCGCGGUGGUACUGAGCAACCAGGGAAAGUAUGAGGAAGCAGAGCAGAAGCAUCGACAAGUGGUGGAUGUGAAGGAGGUAGUACUGGGCACGGAGCAUCCAUCCACGCUGAUGAGCAUGAACAACCUCGGGGUAGUGCUGAGCAACCAGGGAAAGUAUGAGGAAGCAGAACAGAUGCAUCGACAAGUGGUGGAU